AUGUCGGUCCUCCUCGAGACGAGCGCCGGCGACAUCGUCAUCGACCUCCUUGUCGACUAUGCGCCCAAGGAGUGCGAAAACUUCCUCAAACUGAGCAAGAUCAAGUACUUCAACUUCUCCCCGAUACACUCUGUCCAACAAAACUUCUCCUUCCAGACGGGCGAUCCUCUCGGCCCGACGUCCGCGCAGUCCGAUGGCGGCUCUUCGAUAUGGGGCCUCGUCUCGGGAGGCAGCAAGACCUUCAAGGCGACACUGCACCCAAAGCUCAAGCAUCUCGAGAGAGGCACAGUCUCCAUGGCGACCGCGCCGCAUCCCUCCGACCCAGAGGCCCGCAUGGCAGGCAGCCAGUUCAUCGUGACAUUGGGCGACAACACAGACUACCUCGACGGCAAGGCCUCCAUCUUUGGCAAGGUCGUCGAAGGGUUCGACGUGCUCGAGAAGAUCAACAGUGCCAUCGUCGACAAGGACGGCCACCCCCUGGUGGACAUCCGCAUCAAGCACGCCGUCGUGCUCGACGACCCGUACGACGACCCGCCGGGCCUGCGCGAGCCGAGCCAGUCCCCGCCGCCGUCCAAGGCCCAGCUGGCCACCGUGCGCAUCGCCGACGACGCCGACCUCGACGAGGAGGUGGACGAGGAGGCCGCGGAGAAGGCGCGCAGGGAGCGGGAGGCGCGCGCCCAGGCCCUGACGCUCGAGAUGAUGGGCGACCUGCCGUUCGCCGAGGUCGCGCCGCCCGAGAACGUCCUCUUCGUGUGCAAGCUCAACCCGGUCACGGCGGACGCAGAUCUCGAGCUCAUCUUCAGCCGCUUCGGCAAGAUCCUCUCCUGCGAGGUCAUCCGCGACAAGAAGACUGGCGACAGCCUGCAGUAUGCCUUUAUCGAGUUUGCAGAGAAGACGGCCUGCGAGGCGGCCUAUUUCAAGAUGCAGGGCGUCCUGAUCGACGACCGCAGGAUACACGUCGAUUUCAGUCAGAGCGUGAGCAAGCUGGCGGACGUCUGGAGAGGCGGCGAGAACGACAAGCGCAAGCGCCGGCAUGGCGGCGGCUGGGGAGGAGUGGAAGGGCUGGAGAAGUGGAGAAAGUAUCGCAACGACGAUGGCCGGCGAGACGACGACGACAGCUACAAGAUGGUGUACGGCGACGAAGAGAUGCGUGGUCGGCACGCGCGGCAAGGAGGCGACGAGGCUAGAGAGCGCCGCUCACCGCCGCCCCCCGCAGAAGCUCGCGACCGCAAUGGUGCAGACUUUUCCAGAGGAAGGGGAGGCCGUGGCCGGCCGAACGGUCAUGGAGACUCACGGAGACGCAGUCGAAGUCCCCGACCAGAUAGGCCCAGAGAUCGCGCCAGGUCGAGGGACGGUGAUCGGCACGGCAGGGACAGAGACCGAGAUAGGCACCGCGGUGGCGGUAGUGGCAGGGCUUACGACGACAAGUACAGUCAAAGAAGGAAUGACGAUGGCCGUUACGACGACAGACGCCAGAGGGAUCGUGAACAAGACCGGCAACGAGGUCACGAUCGCCGGCGUUGA